UGCCUUUCAGAGCUUUGACUCUGUGGAUUAUUAUAGCGCCAGCUGGAUCUAGCUUCGAGCUAGGUUUCGAAAGGUACUAUAAUAUUCUAUAUUUUUCUAGAAUUAUGUUCCAUAUUAAUUCAGCUGUUAAUCCUAUACUAUAUAAUAUAAUGAGCUCGAAAUUUAGAGGAGGGUUCUUUAAGUUGUGCAGUGGAAAGAAGAUGAGAAAGAGGUACUUGAAGAAACCAGAAAUUACCAGAAAAAGCACCAGCUCCUCGACGCAUACAUCUUCUCAGCAAACUUCAGAUAGUUUUCUCAAAAGCGGCAGAAACCAUUCCAGACAGUCUAGCAGUCUGAAGGAGGUCAAGGAAGAGGAAGAAACGUCGAAGAGUCCUAAGACUAGAAAUUUAGUAAAGAAUGUAUAUGUUAGAGCACCAAUAGAGAUCGUUGCGGGUAUAAACGGUGAGAAACUUCCUAGUGGAGAAAUAUAUGUAUAGUAGUUAAGAAAUGACUGUGUAGAUGAUAAGCAAAUACAGGGUGUUUAGUCUAAUAUACUGUUUAAAUAGUAACAUUUAUGAUUCACUUUUGUUUUGACAUUGUAAAUCAAAGCAGGAACAAUAUUGGGGAUAUCAAAA